UCAUCUCCCGCCGCGAUUGCAAAUAUGAUUAUCUCUGCACAUUUCCCCAUUCUCGAACCCUCAAUAUCCACUAUUCAUCUCUUUGACCCUCAUUCACAACUGAAAAAACCCUCAAUUUCCAAAUCCCUCAACCUUCACAAUCCCCAAAAAACUCAACAAACUCUCUCCAAAAGUCUCUCCAAAACAAUCUCAAAACCCCAAACUCCCCAAAUUACUCAUGCCCACCAUCUGAGACACCUAAUAGAGACCAAGAAUCUCGCCGCCGCCAAGAAUUUUUACUUCAAAGCCAAAAGGGCAGGAACCCAAUUCGGUAUUGUUCUUGAAUCUAUAUUAAUCGAUGCUUUAAUGAAAGCUGGAUUGAUUGCUGAUGCAUUCAAAGUGUUCGAUGAAAUGCCCGAGAGAAAUGUGGUAACUUGGACUUCAAUGAUACGAGGGUGUGUUCAUAGUGGGGAUUCGAUUAGCGGGCUCUGUCUUUUUAUUGAGAUGCUUGAAUCCGAUGUGAUUGCUAAUGAAUUCACACUGUCUGCUGCUCUGCUGGCCUGCACUGAGCUCGCAGCAUUGAACUUUGCAAGCCAGAUUCUUUCCUUAAUUAUUCGUUUGGGUAUAGAGAGUGAUUCCCGGAUUAGAAUUUGUUUGAUAGGCCUAUAUUCUAAUUGUGGAUUGAUGAAUGAAGCUGCUAGAGUGUUUGAUAGAAUGGGGGCAGUAGAUCUGGUGGGUUUUACUUCUUUGAUAUCGGGUUUUUGUAGGAACAAAAUGUUUGAUUCGGCUGUUAGAGUUUUUGGUCAGAUGAUUGAUCGAGGGGUUCAUCCCAAUGAACACACGAUCACAAGUAUUCUUACAGCUUGUGGACCUCUUCUUGGUAAACAAAUCCAUACUUACAUGAUAAAGACAAUGAUCAACCAAAGUGUUUACUCUUCUAGUGCUUUAAUUGAAAUGUAUUCCAGAAAUUAUGAGUUCAACAUGGCGAAAUUGGUGUUUGAUGAAUUGGAUGAUAAGAAUGUUGUUACUUGGAGUUCGAUGAUCUCUUGCUGCCUUCAUAAAGAGAGUGUAGAUGAGGCAUUGAAAUUGUUCGAGGAAAUGGUUUUGGAGGGUAUAAAGCCUAAUGAGUUUACAUUUGCAACUGUUAUCGGGGCAUGUGGGUUGUUCUCGGGAUCCAUCAAAUUGGGUCAGCAACUGCAUUGCUUGGUAAUUAAGCUGAAUUUUGCUAUAGAGAAUCGUAUUUCGAAUGCUUUAAUUACAAUGUACUCAAGAAAUGGUGACGUUAAGGACUUGGAGAAGGUUUUCAAGAGAACCAAAAACCGUGAUGUGGCAUCCUGGUGUGCUGUUGUAUCUGGCUAUUUCCAAAAUGGUUUCCAUGAGAAAUCGAUAAGAUUACUAGUUGCUAUGCAUAAUCAAGGGGUUACACCUAACGAAUAUGGACUCUCUAGUGCACUAAGUUCUUGCAGUAACCUUGCAGUCUUAGACCAAGGAAAGCAAUUCCAUUGCCUUGCUCUGAAAUUAGGGUGUGCCUUCGAUGUCUGCACAGGGAAUGCGUUAGUAAACAUGUACGCGAAAUGUGGUAUUCUCGAUGACGCAAGAUUGGCUUUCGAUGUGAUGACCACCCAUGAUGUCAUGUCAUGGAAUUCGUUGAUUCAUGGAUAUGCACAUAAUGGGCAUGGAAGAACCGCAAUCAAAGUGUUUACUGAGAUGGUGGAAAUGAACCUCUUGAUACCUGAUCAUUCAACAUUUCUAGCAUUAUUGGUAGCAUGUGGUCACAUUGGUCAUGUGGAUGAUGCAAUCAAAUAUUUUAGGGUUAUGAAGGAUCUUUAUGGCAUUAACCCAUCCUCCUCUCACUAUGCAUGUAUGGUUGACAUGAUGGGCCGAGCUGGUCUUUUUAAAGCAGCUAUUUGUAUAAUAGAACAAAUGCCAUUUGAGCCAGAUGUUUUGAUGUGGAAAACAUUGCUAGGGUCUUGUAAAUUACACGGAAAUCUUGAACUAGGGAAAAUUGCGGCGAAAAAAGUUCUUGAAUUAACUCCAGAUGAUUCUGCAGGUUAUAUUCUUUUAUCGAAUUUACAUGCUAUGCACAGGGAAUGGAGGGAAGUAAAGAGAGUUAGGCUGAUGAUGGACGAGAGGGGAGUGAAGAAGGAUGCUGGAUGGAGUUGGAUUGAGGUAAAGAGUGAGAUACACGCUUUCAUUGCAAAUGAUGAAUCUCAUCCAAAAUCUGAAGUAAUAUAUCAGAGAUUGGUGGAGUUGUACGAGGUAAUCCGAGAUGAAGUAUGUUCAACUGAAUCUGGACUCUGAGUAUAUACAUGCCGAUUCGGGUAUUUAACAAUGAACAUAUGAAGACGGGGGUAAGGAUCACAACUGUACAAAAUUUAUUUUGUCAUAGAAUUAUUUUUCUUUGUACAGACUAAAGUAUAUAACAAAAUCCUCACUGGUUUAUUUUUUU